AUUUAAAAAUCUAAUAAUGACAUUGCCAGCGUCAAUGAAAUGUGACUUGGUUGUCUCAAAUGUGUUCCGUGUAUCCUAAUUCCGGAAAAGCUAACAUCUACAGAAAGCUUGUUGCAGCAAAAAUCCCCAGAACAUCAAUUAAGAGAUCGCCUUCAACAUAUAAUUGUAAUAUCCCCGCUCCGCGUCUAGCAUGGUGUUCCUCAAAUAACACCAACACUACAGUCAGAUCCAACAACCAACACACUUCUCACAAUCAUAAUAAUACUGUCAGAGGGGAGCCUAUCAAAGAGGGGCGUAAUCUCCAGGUGCAUGUGCAUCGUAAUAACAAUAAUUCUAACAUUGGACUUGAAAUAAAGACAAAGAGUUACGACCAGACCAAGAUAUGCCCUGGUUUAAAGAUAGUGGCUCCAGAGUGCAGAAAACCAGAAACCAGUUGGAAAAGAUCGCCCCAAUCUGAAUAUUCUAAUGCUGAGGUGUACGAUGAUGAUAUGAUCAGCGUCUGGUCCUCCUUCGACCUCAAAUCUUACGAUCUGGAUUGCAGAGGAAACAACACACGUGCAAAGAGUGCACCCCCGCGCAGACUCUCGUAUCACUGCGGUAACGCAACUCUGCUCUACUCAGAAUCCAGGGGUAGUUCUCAGUGCUCAAAAAGAGACAGAAGUCACGAUAAAUUGAAACAAGUCCUAGCAGAAACAACUCCAAAACUCGUCAAAAGUGUCCACCUGGAUUAUGAUCUAUACUUACAGGCGCUGAAAUUGGAAAAGUGUGUUCCAGUGGGAGUUUCCGACAAGAGGAUAAGAAAAGACAUCGCCACGAUUUUCAAGAAACACAACGCUUCAAAAUUCCCGAAAUGAGACCGAUAGAUUUUACUCCUGCAAACUAAGAGUUUGACGGCACCAUUAAGAUUUAUAUCCCGAGGUCUGGCUGAUGAAGUAAUCCGCCGACUCGUCUAGUUUUUCGAACUGAUGCAACAUCGAUUACAUUGUUUAGGGUCGUUCACGUAUUAGGUAAUUAAUUUAAUAAUCCUCCUCCCUCUCUGUGUUGAAAUUACAUUAGCGGUAUCAUUUAGAAAUCCCCCUCGGUGAUUACGUAAUAUGUGAACGACCCCUAAGUGGAAAUUUUCAUUACUAUUCACAGUUUUUUCCCUUUAAUUUUUGCGAUUUUUCGGACGUUCAAAUUCGUGUUUUUGUGCGAUUGACACGUCAUGACGUCAUGUGGAAAAUUUUGCAGGAGCACUGACAACUGACUUAUAUAUUUUAGAUGAGUAAACUUAAAUUAAAUUAAGCAAGUAUAUUGUACAAAUAUGUAUAUUAUUUUUAAAGUUACGAAAAGUAAUUUUUAGAG